GCUGCGUUGCGGGGAGGUCCUUGUGGAUGGAUUGAAGCGCCCUCAGCCCCGCCCACUCGUGUCUGAGUCACGUCUGAGGACCAUCAUGGGCCCCUAUGGCAUCAACCGGGCGGUGCAGCGGGUGGAUUUCUCCGACUGUGAGAACGGCCUGGGUAUCAGUGUGAUCGGUGGUUACCGGGAGCAGACAGAGGAGGAAUGUGGCAUUUACGUCAAGAGGAUAUUACCGGGUGGGAUCGCGGCGCAGGACGGCCGUCUGCAGGCGGGGGAUCUAAUCCUGGAGGUGAAUGGAGAGGAUCUGGAAGAAGCCACAAAUGAACGGGCCGUCGAGAUCCUGCGCAUGGCCUCGGCCUCCAAUCACAUGUCCCUGAUGAUCGCACGAGAUGAUGAAUCCAGGAGGCUGUUUGAGGAGCUGAUGGAGAACUACGGAUCCCAGAGUAACACCGGAUCAUCUCAGAGCUCCCCCACUCCCCAGGCUGGUAAACAACACGCGGAGAGUAGCUCCUCCUCCUCCAGCUCCCCCAGCCCCCAGCUGCUGAGCCCAAAGGACAUCAUCACCAACAGCAACGUGGCCUGCUCCCCCACCACCCCCUCGCUCCCCCUCUCCAUCAGUGACUCGGCUGUUGAGCUGAUCUCUGUUGCCAAGGAGACAAGUCUGGGCUUGAACAUUGUGGGGGGAACGAACCGUGCGGAGGGGCCGAUGGUUUACGUACAGGAGGUCAUCCCCGGCAGAGACUGUCACAAGGACGGGCGGCUGAGGCCUGGGGACCAGUUGGUGUCAAUCAACAAGGAAUCUCUGGUCGGUGUCACCCUGGAGGAGGCCAAAAGCAUCCUGACCCGCCUCAAACUCAGGUCGGAGCCCAGUCUGGAGAUCGGCUUCAUCCGGGGGAAGCGCCCGCCGAGCCCCUCCUCGCUCACACCGCCCUCACCAACCAGCAGUGACAUCAUCCCGAAAAGCCCCGUUCACCACCCCAAGUCAUCACCCCUUCCACAGCCCCCCAGCGACUCAGCCAUCUCAGCCAGAGCCAGCCAGGUUACAGCGACAAGUAAGAGGUCCGCGAUCAUGUCACAGCUUGGCAACACCAGCGAGACCACAGGUUACGUGCCUUCGUCGCGGCGACAGAGCUGUUUGCCUCGUGGCCGCCGAGCCUCUCUCACGCCUUCAGUCCGGCUCAAGGUGGAGAAGCUGGAGACGGCGCUGGGAUACCUCGGGAUAGAGACAACGGAGCAGCAGCAGCAGAGCCUGCGGCAGAGAAUCCAGGUGGAUUCCAUGGGUACAGUGGCUUACGGAGACUUUGUACAGGGAGCCCGCGAUGUUUUCCGCCUGCAGUUGGACGAGGCUACAAGUGGGCCGGGCUCCAUCACACUCUCCAGCGGGGACGUGUCCACACGCGGACAGACAGCAGAGCCAGUGGAACAGGUGACGGAAGGUGAUGAGGGGGAGGAGGACGAGCUAGAAAGCGUUAAACGGGAGUGGAGCAACGCGGUGACGGAGGUGAAGAAAUUGAAGGAGGAGCUGAGUGAGUCGGAGAGGAGCAGGAGCCAACUCAGCGAAGAGCUGCACCGAGUCACACAGGAAGCGAAGAGUGCGGUGGAGGAGUGCCGGGCUUUGCGGGGAAGAAUCCACGUGGCGGAGGCCGCCCAGCGUCAAGCCCGGGGGAUGGAGAUGGACUACGAGGAAGUUAUCCACCUUCUGGAGGCCGAGAUCACGGAGCUGAAAGCACAGCUGUCAGAACAGCACGGCCAGAGCAAGGCAAGGCGGCGUUACCGUGGCGACGCCCGAGAACAAGAAUGCGACUCCAACACUGAAGCCCUGACGAGGCUGCGCUCUGUGGAGAUGCUGCCCUUUAAGUAUGACUUUGAGAUGUGGAAUUACCGAAUGUUAUAG